CUCACCGCUCUGUCUGUUCGCUACAUCUCGAGGCGAUUCAUCGCGAUCGACUCUAUCGAUCGAAUCCGAGGAAGUAGAUUUCUCACUACUUACUAAACCUGAGAUUGCAAAGUUGAUCUUUUAUGUCUGAGCAAGCCUCUCACUUUUUGGGACCAUUUGGAUUGCUUGGAGAAUAUUUUCUGGCCACUAGUCUCUCUUUGUGGAGUUUUGACUGCAUGCAUUUCGGGCCACAUCACCAGCCAGCAACUCGUGGUUGCUAUUUCAUACAAUCGCAUUUUUGCACAGAAAAUAAUUUUUCUGUUUGUGAAAGAAGGGACUUUGUUGUUGCUUCUGGUUCCUGAGACCUUUGGUACACCCAACUUUGUUGGAACUGAAUAAUCAGUUGAGUGAAGAUGGCUCUGCAGAAUAUUGGUGCAGCAAACAGUGAUGAUGCCUUUUAUAGGUAUAAGAUGCCUAAGAUGAUAACUAAAAUUGAAGGCAGAGGCAAUGGCAUCAAGACAAACAUUGUAAACAUGGUUGAUAUUGCUAAAGCAUUAGCAAGGCCUGCUUCUUACACAACCAAAUAUUUUGGAUGCGAGUUGGGUGCUCAGUCUAAAUUUGAUGAGAAGGCAGGUGUUUCUUUGGUUAAUGGUGCUCAUGAUACUUCCAAGCUUGCUGGCCUGCUUGAAAAUUUCAUUAAGAAGUAUGUACAAUGCUACGGGUGCAGCAACCCUGAGACUGAGAUUAUCAUCACCAAGACACAAAUGCUAACUCUUAAAUGCGCAGCAUGUGGAUAUGUGUCUGACGUUGAUAUGAGGGACAAGCUAACCACUUUCAUACUGAAGAACCCACCAGAGCAGAAGAAAGGGUCAAAAGAUAAGAAGGCAAUGAGGAGGGCAGAAAAGGAGAGGUUGAAGGAAGGCGAAGCAGCUGAUGACGAGCAGAAGAAGCUCAAGAAGGAAUCAAGGAAGAAAGUAACUACCAUAUCUACCAAAGAUGGGGCAUCCUCAAAGACUGCUGUUUCCAAGAAGAAAUCUGGUUCUGAUGGGGAUGGCUCAGCUUCUCCAGUUGAAAGACAACAUGAUACGAUUCACAAUCAUGAUGAUGAUGAUGAUGUAGAGUGGCAGACUGAUACUUCGCUGGCAGCAGCCCAACAGCGCAUCCAGGAGCAGCUUAAUUCUGUGACUGCUGAGAUGGUAAUGCUUUCCACCAAUGAAGAGCUUGUUGAGGAACAGAAACUAGAGAAGGCAAAGAAGGGACAUACUGAUGGUAAUGCCAAUGGCAACACAAUGCACAGUGAAAGUAAUGGUGCUCGGGCCAACAGCUUUGGCAUCAAUGUUGCAGAAAUUAAAGUUCGUCUGAAAAAUGGGAUAACUCCUAACCAGCUUCAGACUUUUUUGGGCUCUCUCAAGGAAUCUCCUCAGGAAGUGAUGACUGCAGUUUUUGAAGCGCUCUUUGAUGGAGCAGGGAAAGGCUUUUCCAAGGAGGUUGGGAAGAAGAAGAAGUACAUUGCUGCUACUGUGGAAGAUGAAGCGGCCCAGCUGCUUCUGCUCCGUGCGGUGGAAGCCUUUUGUGGCAAGUGUAGUCCAGAUGCUGUUAAGGAAGUUGCUCUAGUUGUGAAGGUACUUUAUGAUGGCGACAUACUUGAAGAAGAUACUAUAAUCAAGUGGUAUAGGGAAGGCAACUCAGGAGGCAAGAAUUCUAUAGUGUUCAAGAACGUGAAACCCUUCGUGGAGUGGCUUCAGAGUGCAGAGUCAGAGGAAGAGGAAGAGGAAGAAUGAUGUUGUUGUUGCUAUGUCCCUGAAUAAUCUUUCUGUGUAGGUAGUUCAAUCUGCUUGUCAUUUGCGUCUGUGUCUGUUUUGUGAUGAAAAUGUCUGCCUGUUUUGUGAUGAAAAUGUUUUGUCGUGAAUUUGAACGAUGUUGAAGUACUGUCUACGUACCUACAUAAUUUGGUUUAAGUUUGGUUUCUGUUUUGGUUUGGUAUGAAUAAUCAAUCUCUCUUGAGCACUGCAAGUCCUAUGUCUUUUAUGUGUACUAACUUUGAACAUCAACUUGGGAUUGUUGUCCGAGAUGUUAGUUUUGCAUUGAAA